AUUAAUGCCUGGAUAUGAAGCAGCCAUCUCCAAAGAGCCACACAGGGAAAGCGGGAAAGUUCUUACUACAACAGGCAAAGAAUGUAAAUUCCCAUUUCGUCAGGGUGGAAGGAUUCAUCACCACUGCAUCACCAUCCUCUUCUCAAGACCUUGGUGCUCUAUUACGCAUAAUUUUGACCGGGACCGGCGGGGGGGCUUCUGUGCACCGGAGAAAACUCAAUCAGAUGUCACAGUCAACCCGUGCCAGGUGAAUCCGUGUCAGAACAGAGGCGUCUGUACGCAGAUCCCAUACAGACACUCGUUUGAGUGCUCCUGUCCUGAGGGCUUCUCUGGGAGGCUGUGUGAGCAGAAAAAGUGCUAUGAAACCAUACACCUGCGCUAUUAUGACAUCGGAGAGUCUUGGGGACGAAUUCAUCUCCGUAAUGUGGAACAGUGCACAUGUGUGGCAGGGGAAAUCAAGUGUGAAAGAGUUCGCUACACAACCUGCCGUUUCAACCCUUGUCAGAAUGACGGAACGUGUCGGCUAAUCAUAGCCACCGGCAAGGAAGUGUGUAGCUGCAGACGUGGCUUCGUCGGAACGCACUGUAGCUUUGAGCCAGAGACAGAGUGUUAUAACAGAAGGGGCACAGAUUACAGAGGGGUGGUGGGCACUACGGUAUCUGGUGGCCGCUGUCUGCCGUGGAACUCGGACCUGCUGUAUGACGAGCUCCAUGUGGGCACUGUGGUUGCCUCUCCCCUCAGGGGCCUCGGGGAGCAUGCCUAUUGCAGAAACCCAGAUGGAGACAAGAUGCCGUGGUGCUACACAUUAAAUGACGGCGCCAUCUCCUGGGAGUACUGUGACGUCCCCUCCUGUGUGAUGGCUGUGUUUUCUCGAAGGAUAAUCCCAAUGAACGUCCUGCCCGGUGUUAAAAAACCAAAACCCUCCAAGCCUGGCAAAAAGCCUGUGUGUGGGAAAAAGCACAAGAAGAGGUUAUCGGUUCCCAGGGGCCGGAUAAUGGGGGGAACUUCCGCUCUGCCAGGUACUCACCCCUGGAUGGCAGCCCUUUACAUCGGACAGUCGGACUUCUGCGCCGGCAAUCUGGUUUCCUCUUGCUGGAUCGUCUCUGCAGCGCACUGCUUCUUCCGCAACCCCCUGUUGUCCCAGAUUCGUGUGGUGCUCGGCCAGCAGAGAUUCAAUGUCACCGAUUCCAACACCAAGACGUUCGGAGUUGAGAAGUACAUCUUUCCAAAACAGUUCUCAGUGUUCAAUCCAACGCUACAUGACAUUGUUCUGAUCAAACUGAAGAAGCAAGAUGGGAAGUGUGUGAGAAAGACUCCGUUUAUCAGGCCCAUCUGUCUCCCAGACAAAGGCAUGACAUUCCCUGACAACUACUGCUGCACCAUUAGCGGCUGGGGACACAUGCACGAGAAGGCAGAGGGGUACUCCAGUCUACAGGAGGCUGGUGUGAGACUGAUUCCUCAUGAGUCUUGUAGGAAGCCAGACGUCUUUGGCAACCAUGUCACCAAUGACAUGAUUUGUGCGGGGCUCAAUGGCUGUGUUGACGCAUGCCAGGGCGACUCCGGGGGCCCUCUGGCCUGUGCGAAGGAUGAUGUCAGCUUCCUGUAUGGGAUCAUCAGCUGGGGAGAGGGCUGCGGUCGCUAUGGGAAACCUGGUGUUUACACUAAAGUGGUGAACUAUAUCGACUGGAUUAAUUCAGUGAUCAGACGCAAACCUAAGAUUUCGUGA